AUGCGCAGUGCGGUGCUUCUGCUGGUCGGCGCCCUCUGCGUGGGACUCUCGGACUCGGCACCUCGACCACAGCUUCAGCAGGGGGACGACGUGUUUGUCACUGUGGAGACGGGUGGCCUCAGGGGCGUUGUGUCGACGUCGCUCAACGGCACGCUCUACAACAAGUUCGUCGGCAUCCCCUUCGCCACCCCGCCGCUCGGUAACCUCGCUUCAGGGAGAGUUAUCUCUCAUUAUGAAGUAUAUACUUUUCUUGUUAGAGAAGUUUCAUUUUCCCAGAUCCCAGUAACUUUAAUUGCCCUCUUUAGAUUAUCUACAUGCAUCAAACAAUGUGCCACUCUGGGAAGUGUACUGUCAUCUAGUCUUGAACAUACAGGAGUUCAACUUGGUGGAACCGACGCACCAAAAGGUCGUGGCUCUGAGGACUGCCUGUACGUCAACGUAUACGUGCCCCUGGUGAACGACAGCUCUCCACUGGCCGUGAUGGUCAACAUCCACGGUGGCGGCAACACGACGGGUUUCUCUAGAUUUAGAAGGCCUGAUUUCUUCAUGGACAAGGGCGUUCUAGUGGUCACUUUCAACUAUCGCCUCGGUUCCAUUGGUUUCCUGAGCCUUCAGAACGACGACAUUCCUGGCAACGCUGGCCUCAAGGACCAGGUGUUCGCCCUGCAGUGGGUGCAGUGCAACAUCGCGGCCUUCGGCGGCGAUCCGGACAAGGUCACCAUCUUCGGUGAGAGCGCAGGCGGCUCCUCCACGUCACACUUGUUCCUCUCCCUGGCUACGAAAGGUCUGUUCCGUGGAGCGAUAAUGGAGAGCGGCGUAGCGAACGGCAACUGGAGCGUAGAGCCGAGCCCCAGAGAGAAGGCUGGCGGCGGCGCUCGGCUUCCAGACGCAGGGCGCCAACGAUUCCGCCGUAGCUGCCUUCUUGAGGACCGUCAACCACACAGACCUCACCAGGGACAACAGCCGGGCCCUCUCAGACUUCCAACUGUUGUUACCUCCCCACGGGAGAAGCGAAUCCACAGGGGGAUUGCCUUUUCGCCCGUAAUUGAGCCGCAGUCUGACACCGCGGUGGUCACCGAGUCUCCAGGAGACAUCCUGAGGGUCGGCCGCUACAACCAGGUCCCCGUCAUGGCGGGCGUCACCUCUGCAGAUGGCGGCGUCAUUGUUGAAUGGAUGAGGCAUUUCACGGGCAACGCAUAUGUUGUUGUAGCGUCCGGAAUCCUGACAGACGAAGCUUACGCAGCGGAUAUGAGAGAGAACUUCACACUCCUGGUGGGCUCCCAGCUGCCGGUGCCAACUGUGGAGGAACAAAUCGAAGCGGCAGUAAAGGUAGAGAAUUUCUACUUUGAGGAAAAAGGGUUCUCCGUGGAUAAUACCCAGGCUGUUUACGACAUGUUUUCUGAUAUGAACUUCAUACAGCCAACUGAAGAGUUCGCCGGGACUGUGGCAAAUACCAGCGGCCUGCCUGUCUAUUUGUAUUACUUCGACUAUGAUGCCUAUGGUGCCAAUGAAUACGAUGCAUCAAGCCAACAAAGUCAUAAAUUUGUCAACGAGGGCAUCACGUUAUGUCAUCCAGGUGGUGGGUAA